ACUUGCCCAGGAAUAAGGUACCCGCGCACACGUGUGUCUGCGCACAGGCUCACUGACGCACGCGCACUCUUCCCGUGACUGCCCUUCCGCCUGGCCCCGCCCCUGAAUCCCGACCUGCCUUGCUUCACAUACCAGGAGUCAGAUUGAAAGGGGAAAUACGGAAAAUGAUGCAUUGCGGGAAACUACAUUUCCCACAAGGCGAAGAGAAUGCCUACAAAUCCCACUGUGCAUCCGUUUUACCUCAAACCUAACAGCAGUCUCUCAAGCUGGUCGAUUGAGCCUUGCCUUUCUUGGUCUAAAGAUCACCGGUGUACACGGGGCGUAGGCAUGCGCACUUGGUAGUUAUUCCAAGCGGGACGCCCUUUAACAGCCCCAGCGAGACAGGUACUGCUUGAAGCCGGAGCUAGUACAAUUGACAUGUUAACUUGUGCCAUGAAACAAUGAGGAGGUUUCUGUUGCUUUAUGCUACACAGCGUGGACAGGCGAAAGCCAUAGCAGAGGAAAUAAGUGAGAAAGCUGGCACGCAUGGAUUUUUUGCAGAUCUUCACUGUUUGAGUGAAUCUGACAAGUAUGAUUUAAAAACAGAAACAGAUCCGCUUGUUAUCGUUAUUUCUACCACUGGCACCGGAGAUCCACCAGAUACAGCCAUCAAGUUUGUUAAGAAAAUUAGAGACAAAACUCUGCCACCUGAUUUCUUCUCACAUCUGCGUUAUGGAUUACUGGGUCUGGGUGAUUCAGAAUAUACCUACUUCUGUAAUGGUGGAAAAAUGGUUGAUAAACGACUUCAGGAACUUGGUGCUCAACGUUUCUAUAAAACUGGGCAUGCAGAUGAUUGUGUAGGUUUAGAACUUGUUGUUGAACCAUGGAUUGAUGGACUUUGGACUGCCCUCAACAAACAAUUUGUGUCAAGUGAAGGAAAAGCAAAUAUGACCAGUCAUAUCAGUACCACAUCUGAUGUCUUCUUACAGACCGAUCGAGUUAAACCAGAAGUAUUACCCAUUGACUCACAAAUUGCACAUCUCAAAUUGGAUGAUUCAGGGAGAAAAGUUUCUGAGGCUUCAACACCAAAUAUCACCAAUAUUUGUUCAGGAACUUUAAUUGAGGAUUUUGAGCCCUCACUUACCCAGUCAAUACCACCCCUUUCACAGUCUGCUCUUAACAUUCCAACAUUACCCCCAGAAUAUUUAGAUGUCCAGUUUGAGGAUCCCCUUAGCCAGGAGCAAUGCCAAGUAUCUUUUACUCCAGUGGAUACAGUUUUCCAGGUUCCCAUUUCAAAGGCCAUUCAGCUUACUAAGAAGGAUGCCAUAAAAACCACUCUGCUAUUAGAAUUGGACAUUUCAAAUACAACAUUUUCUUACCUGCCUGGAGAUUCUUUCAAUAUCAUUUGUCCUAAUGAUGCUUCAGAGGUAAAGGAAUUACUUCAGAGACUGCAGCUUUCAGAGAAAAGAGAACACUGUAUUUCAUUGAAAAUUAAAGAAAAUAAUCAAAAGAAAGGAGCAACCAUACCACAGCACAUUCCUGAAAGGGUCUCUCUUCAGUUCCUUCUUACGUGGUACCUUGAAAUAAGAGCAGUUCCUAAAAAGGCGUUUUUGCGAGCCCUUGUAGAAUAUACCAGUGAUAGUGGCGAAAAGCGAAGGUUGCAAGAACUUUGCAGCAAACAAGGGGCCUCUGACUAUAAUCAUUUCAUACGAGACUCUUAUGUCAGCUUGUUAGACUUACUCCAUGCUUUUCUAACUUGCAGGCCGCCUCUUAGUCUGCUGCUAGAACACCUUCCCAAGCUUCGAGCCAGACCAUAUUCUUGUGCAAGCUCCUGUUUAUUUCACCCAGGGAAACUUCAUUUUGCAUUUAACAUUGUAGAGUUUCUGUCCAGUGUGGAACCUGUGACUUUGCGAAAAGGAGUAUGUACGGGCUGGCUGGCCUUAAUGGUUGACUCAGUACUUCAGGGAAAUGGGAACAUCUCACGAGGAAAUAAUGUUGAAUCUGGGUUUCCAAAGAUCUCCAUUUUCCCUCAUGCCACAAAUUCUUUCCGACUACCCAAUGACCUUUCAGUACCCAUUAUAAUGAUUGGUCCUGGAACUGGCAUUGCACCUUUUAUUGGUUUCCUACAGCAUAGAGAAAAGAUCCAGGAACAGCAUCCAGAUGGAAAUUUUGGAGCCAUGUGGCUAUUUUUUGGCUGCAGACAUAAGGAUAGAGACUAUUUAUUCAGAGAAGACUUAAACCAUUUCCUUCAAAAUGGAAUUUUAACUGAGCUGAAAGUCUCCUUCUCAAGAGAUAUUCCUGAGAGUGGGGAAGAUAAACCACCAAAAUAUGUGCAAGAUAAUAUUCGGCUUUAUUCACAGAAGAUCGCAAGAAUCCUUCUCCAGGAAAAGGGUUAUAUCUAUGUGUGUGGAGAUGCAAAAGGAAUGGCGAAAGAUGUGAAUGAUGCUUUAGUGGAGAUCUUAAGCAAGGAGGCUGGGGUUGAAAAGUUGGAAGCAAUGAAAAUGUUGGCUACAUUACGAGAAGAAAAACGAUAUCUACAAGAUGUUUGGUCUUAAGAUAUAUUUUGCCUGUGUUUGGAAAGACUCUCAGAUCUUUUGAACUGAAAAUACUAAAAUGAUUUUUCCCUAUUUUCAUAUUCAGUGCCAAUUAUUUUAGUUUUUAUAUUUCUUGGUGGGACUUUGAUAUGAAAUGUUUACCAUUGCAGGAAGUCCUUAUUUAAGAUUUUGAGUAAUUUACUAUUGCCUACUCGCUAGUACUUCUAGAGUGUCUUUGCAGGUACCAUAGUUCAGUUGAAUCAAACUCAGAUAGAAACAGUGGCCACUAAUGCAUGCAUAAGGAUCCCUAUGGACUACAUAUUGACUUAGUUUUAAAAAUGUAAUAACAUGUAUGUUUUAUUGUAUUUUUUUUUUUGCUUAAUAUUCCCCAGUUAUGUUUUAAUCUGGUUCAGGCUGCACUUUGGAGGGUUAUGAGCCCCAUGUUUGACACUUAUGCUGUGGUCGAUGGUGUGUGUUGUGGCUGCUGUUGGUUGCUAACUAAAUGUAGAAUGAACUUUCCUUGUUAAAAUGGGCUAGCAAGUAUGGAAAAUAGUAAAAGACAACUAAUUUAUGAAUAGGACUUUCUCCUUAUGUAGUUAGAACCAAGCAGAUAUUUUUAAAAAUGAGAGCUUUGAAGGGGAAUUCUUAAGCUGUCCCAAACAUUUUGUGAAUAAAUAUACUUUUCUUUGCUUCAGGAUUUCUAGAAACUAUGUAUUAAAACAAACAAAGUAGCCACUUAAGUGAUUUGGGUAGUAGUGUUGAAUUAAUCCUAUUUUAUUUUUGUCAGUUUAUAUUGCCCAGAUUCUUUGAUAAGCACAGGAUUUUUUUGUACAAGGUAAUCUUCAAGUUUUAUAUUUCUAGAAAUGUUUAGUAUUUUCAAGUUAAUAUCAUUUAAUUGAAAAAAUUUACAUUUUCAAGUUUUAUUUAUCAGAUGGCUAGCAUUACCUAAGAUUUAGAGAAAAAAUAUUUUUAGCAU